AUGUCCAUGUUCGUAGUUCUUCUCAUAGGGUAUCUUGUAUCAAACUGCUACAGCCACCAAAGAGAUUACUGCUGGAAAGAGUACUUAGGGUCGGUACCACCAGACGCCGUAAUAGCUGGUGAAACCCUAGAUGGGCAAAACGUCUACGUUGGUCAGGCUUUCAUCAAGAACGUAGGAUUAAUUCCAGGACGCGUUAUCCCAGGGGACACAAAAUUGCAUGUUCCUCAUGAUGGACAGAGCAAAGAAGGAAAAUACAUAAAGAUUCUUUGCGGGCCCCAAGACAAUUUCUACUGGUUGAAAGCCAAUUCUACCGAUCUUCAUCACCUUAUUACUGAUCAACAUCCAGUUGUUGGAGGCCAUGACGAGUCCAAUGGGUACUUAAACGUUGGUAGAAUCAGCGUGGGAGGAGACACGAAAGUUGGAAAAGUAGAUUCGUUUCGUGUUGAACAUGCAAACUUUUACUACAGUGAUGGCCAAGCUGAAAAAUUAACCAAGUCUUACGAAAUACUGAUGUACAAACACGAAAAUCGACUCUGA